UGACGAAGUUGGGGGCAAGCAGCCGUAAUCAUGACGUCGGGCGCUACGUCGAGGAUUGGAAGCCGCCGUCACCACAGAGCGAGCGCCGACUGCCGAAUCAGGACGGCCACCGUGUCAAGCUGCCUCCCGAUUGGCUGGGCCAGCCACGCUGAGUCGCCUUGGUUGGGCGGAUAGCUACUAUACUAUAUAUGCACAACUAUAUGCACUUUAUGUAAUUUGUGCGACUUGUGCGAGGUCGCGUCUCGGGAGGAGGGGAGGUCGGGAGGCACCACGGCUUGUCGCAAGCAUGAAUGGCAAGGAAAUAUCGAGCUAUCAAAAUAGCUUAAACUGUGCGGCCGGCCGGAAGCCUAGUGUCUAUCAUGGGGUCUCCAUCUUUCGGCUCUACACUCAAGUGAAGAAGCCUGAAAUAAUUCCCUAGACGAAGUCACGAGCGGAUCUAGGCAUGUUCGUCAACCCGACCGAUAACGACAUCGAGAUAUACAAACCUUCUCCUAACCAAGCGUACGCUGUCUUCUACCCGAGCUUCCGUACGGGACCAACCCGCCGACAGCGCACCUGGCACAAUCCAACGCGGCGCAUGCUCAACCCCGGAGCAGGCUCCCCCCCCCACGAAAGCAUCGUAGAGCGAGACAAGCCGGCGAGUGGCCGUACAACAACGUCGCCAUGCCUUCCAGCUGGCUCAAGCAGCCUCUUCUUGCGCUGAACAGGGCCACCGGGCACACAUCUUCCGAGAACCAUAUCACCAAGGCCCACCUUGGCGACACCGAUGCGUUGGGUAGGGAAACGGACAAGAUGCAUCUCAGGGCCGUAUAUGACAAACAGAUGAAGAGGGAAUCUAUCACAGAGGGGCGGAGGUCCCAGCAAGCCAAACGCAAGGAGGAUGAGCAGGCCGCGAGGGAGAGAGAGCCACCGCAGAUACGGUCGAGCUACGGCACCCUCACCGACGAGGACGAGGGCCUCCCACCAUCGCUUCCGCUAGGUCAAUUGUCGUCCAGACACGUCGGCGAGACCGUCGAAUUCAACGCCAGGCUUCACCACGUGCGGCCCGUCAGCGCGAGAUUGGCCUUCGUACUCCUGCGCCAACAAGUUGAAACCGUUCAAGGAGUUCUCCAGGUACGUGAGGGGGUCGUGUCUGAGCAGUUCGUGCGGUGGGCAGAGCAUCUCAACGCCGAGUGUCUGAUGCACAUUCGCGGCGUCGUAAAGGAGCCGCCGGACCCGAUCAAGACGUGUAGCAUUCGAGACCUCGAGAUCGCCAUCGACAGUAUGCAUGUCUUGGUUACGGUGGACGAUCCGAUACCCAUCGACGUUUACAACAUUGAACAGGUAGCAGAGGAUGAGGACAGCCACGAAAUCCAGCUGCUGGCUUCCAAUCGAGUUCGCGUAGCCAACCGGCUGAUCUUUCUCCGGGCACCGGUCAUGCAAGGCGUCUUUCGCAUUCGCUCGGGCAUCUGCAGCAUAUUUCGCUCUUCGCUAGAAGAACAAGGGUUUAUUGAAAUACAGACACCCAAGCUCCAGCCGGCCGCUACCGAGUCCGGCGCCGAAGUCUUCAAGGUGAACUAUUUUGGCAGGACCGCCUUCUUGGCCCAGAGUCCCCAACUGGCAAAGCAGAUGGCCAUUUCUGCCGACUUUGGACGCGUUUUCGAGAUCGGCCCGGUCUUUAGAGCGGAAAACAGCAAUACCCACCGACAUCUCACCGAGUACACCGGCUUAGACCUGGAAAUGGCUAUCGCCAAGGACUACCACGAAACGAUGGACGUGAUCGACGAGAUGUUGAAGGCGAUAUUCAAGGGCAUAUACGCCCGGUAUCGCAAAGACCUAGAUAUUAUUAAGGCGAGAUUCCCUCACGAGGACCUUGUAUGGCUGGAGAAUACACCUCGGCUCACGUUCAAGGAGGCGAUUCAAUUGCUGAAUGCGAGCGGACAGGCCAAUGGCGACGGAAAGCUUGCCUCGGAAAACGAAGACCUAGGGACUCAAGCCGAGAUCCGGCUCGGUCAGCUGGUGAAGGAGAAGUACAAGACCGACUACUUUAUCGUUGACAAAUUCCCCGCUUCAGCACGACCGUUUUAUACGCAUUUGGAUCCGAAUGAUGAUUCAGUCACCAACUCCUUCGAUAUAUUCCUCCGAGGCCAGGAGAUCGUAACUGGCGGCCAAAGAAUCAACGACCCGCGGGCCCUGGCGAAAAGAAUGAAAAAGGCAGAAGUUAGCGUGGACAGUAUGGAAGAAUACAUGCAAGCCUUUAUAUGGGGAGCACCGCCGCAUGCGGGGUGCGGUAUUGGCCUCGAGCGUGUGCUAUUUCUGUUACUGAACCUAGGAGAUAUCCGGAAUGCCUCCUUGUUCCCCCGAGACACAAAGUCUCUGCCCGAGAAGAAGUGCGAUCAUAGCGACACGCUUCCUUAUCCGGAGGCUGAUACCAUCCGCUACACCUUUAACGGAGAGCACAAUCAUAUCCAUCUGCCCGACCUCGAAAAACUCAUCGCGAACUAUGGCGACGCAACAAAUACUGCCUGGUUAGACGAACGAUUCAAGGUCUGGCGGGAUACCGACACAGGAGCCGCCGUCGGAUUUGCCGAAGAGAACGGGUAUGCGCUGAUCAUGGGGGACCCGCUCUGCGAUUCGCGGCAGUACCCAGCCGUCGUCGGCGCCUUUCUCAGACACCUGAAGAAGGCGGCAGACCUGCGCCCCAUCUGGGUCCUAGCCUCGGCGCAGGUCGAAGAUAUCCUCGGCGCGAAGCUCGGGUGGCGCACGCUUACGUGCGUCGCGGAGGAGCGCAUCGACACCCAGAACGCGAGCACGGUGACCAAGAAGGAACGGCAGGCCAAGAACGCGGAGAUCAAGAUCCACGAGACGGCGCUCGGAGAGGCGGUGCCCGAGGACGUGAGGGAGCGGUGCGACAGGCGCAUCGCCGACUGGAAGGAGGGCCGCAGGGGCCGCAAGCAGAUCCACAUCACGGAGGUGCGGCCGUGGGUGUCGGGGGCGUACCGGCGGUACGUGUGGGCGGAGGACAAGGGGGGGGAGGUGGUCGGGCUCGUGGUGCUGCACCGGCUGUCGCCGGCGCACGGGUACCAGAUCAAGUUCGCGCUCGACUUCCCGGGGGCGCCGUCGGGCAGCAUCGAGGCGCUGAUCUCGCGCGCGGUGCAGAGCCUGACGGCGGCCGGCGUCCGCAGCGUGACGUUCGGCGCCGGCGCCGCCGACGAGCUCGCCAUCGGCAGCAACCUCCGCGGCGUCCGCGCCCGCCUGCUCCGCCGCACGUACGGCGCCGUCGCCCAGCAGCUCCGGCUCAGCGCCAAGAGCGACUUCCGCGACAAGUUCGGCGUCCGCCACGACCCCGUCUACAUCUGCUAUCCCUCCAUGGGCCUCGGCGUGUCCGGCGCCAGGACGCUGAUCAAAUUCUUCGAGGACGAGAUGUAAAAAAACACAGGCUCGUCGGCGUUGUUUUCGUGGUGGAUGGCCAGUCCCCUUUCUUCUUUCGUGGCUGUGACACGACCUAGCCAGGGCCAGGCCAACCGCGGCUUAGCAUUG